AUUUGUAUGUGUGGGUAGGCAGUCUGUUUCCAAUAAACGACACGUAUCGUUGUAUCUCUGUGUUUUAAUUCGAUAAUUUACUUACAAAUAUAAUAUUGGCGACGAAUUCGAAACUACAGCGUGUAAUAAGUGGUAUUAUAAAGUAAUAUUGUUGAAAUAACAAUGAGUGCAACGAAUAACAUGAUUUUCGGAAAUAACCUCACUUUCGACCAUCGUGCGCAUGAUUGGAGUAUUUUUAAAAGCCGCUUCAACCAGUUUUGUAUGGCGAAUGACCUAACGGACAUCACUGACAAAGCAGGUACCAGAAGACGAGCUAUACUGCUGACAUCGCUGGUGGAGGAAACAUACCGCGUGGCUAGAGACCUGGCAUUCCCGACGGAGUUGGAUGAGCUGGAACUCAAGACGCUCGUUGAGAAACUGGAUGUACAUUUUCGUUCAAAGAAAUGUACUUUCGCAGAGCGUUACAUGUUCCACAAAGCGGAGCAACGACCUGGCGAGGACUUGGCAGAGUGGGCAGCGCGAGUGCGUAGCUUGGCACAGUUCUGUGGCUUUAAAGCUACCGAGCUGGACACUGCACUUCGUGACAGAUUUGUUCUCGGACUCGAGAACUCGAAGGAGAAGGAGAAGCUGUUCGCGGAGGACGUGGGCGUGCUGACGCUGGAGAAGGCGCUGGAGCUGGCGCAGGGAGUGCGGUGCGCGCGCCUGGCGCUGCGGGCCGGCAGCCCGGCGCGCGCCGCCGACGUGUUCGCGGUGAGCGCGCCCGCCGCAGCCGCCGCCGCCGCCCCAUCCGCGAGUGUGUCCAAAAAGUGUAGUGUUUGUGGAUAUAAAAACCACACAAAAGAACAGUGCAAGUUCAUAAAUCUACCUUGUAAAAAGUGCAACCGAAAAGGGCAUUUGAGCCGGAUGUGUAAAGUUAGGAAAAAUUUCUACUUGACUCCGGCGACUGAUGAUGAUGAUGACAUAUACGAAGAUCUCACAAUGUAAUCAAUUUGGCGGGAAAAGACAGAUAAAGUUCACUGAUGGAGAUACAGUUUUAAUAAAAUCAUUUUAUAACAAUGGCACCAAACAUACCUGGGUGAAGGGUAUCAUAAAUGAGGCUAUCGGGAAUAGAAUGUAUAAAGUAUUUGUGCCACAUCUACAGUUACAUUUAAGAAAACACGUAGACCAAUUAUUAAUGUAUAAAGGUAACGACCGGUCUAACGAAUCGGAAUAUGUGGGUGAAAUCCCGAUAGUAUCGGAACACUGUAUGGACGUUCUCGUAAAUGAGGAUGGAGAGAGUCAAGCCAGCAGCAGCCGCGACGACCGCGGGGAGUGCUCGGCAGCAGCGCCGCGGCCAGGCGCGCCCGCCGCCGCCGCCGCCGCCGCCGCCGCCGCCGGGAGCAGCGCGCCGCCAUCGCCGCCGCCCGCCCGGCAGCAGCCCGACCAGGCGUCGGAACCUGCCCUACUAGAUACUCCUAGAUCACCUCAACCACAACCCCAAGAUGGGAAUGAAAGUCAUGAUGACCGUCGUUACCCAAUUAGGUCAACUCGAAAUCUAAAUAUUAAUUAUAAGUUGUAAUGAUAGAUUAAUAACUAUUAUAUGUAGGUAUAUACUUUUUUGUCCAUUUCUAUUAUAGAUUGUCUAUUUAUAUUAUAUACGCAUGGUUAUGUUUUUUUUGAUGUACUUAUAAGAAGUUUAAGUCAUUUUGUUAAUUAUAGGUGGAGGGAUGUGAUAUUUGUAUGUGUGGGUAGGCAGUCUGUUUCCAAUAAACGACACGUAUCGUUGUAUCUCUGUGUUUUAA